UCAGUAAAUUUCAAUUGACAAAUUUCUUUAUAAUAUUUUGUCAACUGUUUUGCAGUAUUUGCAAAAUUCCAAUAGCUGUAAAUAAAUAACAGAAAAAAGGAAAACAGAUUAAACAUAAGUUUUAAGAGCCUUUAUUUGCGAAAUGGGUGUACCAAAGUUUUUUCGUUACGUCAGUGAACGUUAUCCUUGCCUGAGUGAAUUAGCCCGGGAGCAAAGGAUCCCACAAUUUGACAAUUUGUAUUUAGAUAUGAAUGGCAUCAUACACAACUGUUCUCAUCCCGACGAUUCCAAUAUACACUUUAAUAUCACUGAGGAGGAAAUGUUUAGGGAUAUGUUUAACUAUGUGGAUAAAUUGUUCUUCCUAAUAAAACCUCGAAAACUAUUUUUCAUGGCCGUAGAUGGUGUUGCACCGCGAGCUAAAAUGAAUCAACAACGUAGUCGGCGUUUUCGUUCAGCUAAAGAAGCAGAAAUUUUAGAAAAGCAGGCAUUGUGUCGCGGUGAGGUCCGGGCACAUGAACGUUUUGAUAGCAAUUGCAUUACACCAGGUACUGAAUUCAUGGACCGCUUACAUGAAGCACUGCGUUAUUUCAUAAAGAGUAAGAUCAGUUCAGAUCCUUUGUGGCAAAAAUGCCGCGUAAUACUCAGUGGGCAAGAUUUUCCUGGCGAAGGUGAACACAAAAUCAUGGAUUAUAUACGUUAUUUAAAAUCGCAAGCAGACUUCAACCCAAAUACUCGUCACUGUUUAUACGGGCUUGAUGCCGAUUUAAUUAUUUUGGGCUUGUGUACCCACGAACUUCAUUUUGUGGUAUUGCGUGAAGAAGUAAAAUUUGGAAAAAAAUCGAAACGCACAUCAGUUGAAGAGACACGUUUCUUUUUAUUGCAUUUGGGGCUACUGCGUGAAUACUUAGAGCUGGAAUUUAAUGAACUGAAGCAUUACCCAAGCUAUGACAUCGCUCAGCUAAUUGACGAUUGGGUUCUUAUGGGAUUUAUGGUGGGCAACGAUUUCAUACCGCAUUUACCCUGCUUACACAUAUCAACUAAUGCACUGCCUCUUCUUUAUAAAACUUAUAUAAAAGUUUAUCCUACAUUGAAGGGUAAUAUUAACGAAAAUGGUAAACUAAAUCUUGAACGUUUGGAGAAAUAUUUUGCCGCUCUUACUGAAGUUGAGUUUGAUAUAUUUCAAGAAAAUCAUGCUGAUCUUAAAUAUUUUGAAGCUAAGCAAUCAAAGAAUGGUACUGAGGAAGCUUUUGAUUUUGAUGUUAACGAAAUUAAUAUGGAAAACACUGAUCACGAUUUAGCAGCCCUCAUCGAAAAUAGUAGAAAGUUUUUAGGAGAUGAAGAUGAUUUAUCUGAUAACGAUGGACAACAUAUAUUUAAAGAAUUUGAAAAUUAUAAGCGAAAUUAUUACAUGAACAAGUUAAAUAAAGACAAUGUGAACGGGGAACUUAAACGGGAACAGGCUAUUUGCUAUAUAACCGCCUUGCAAUGGGUUCUGGAUUAUUAUUAUCGGGGCGUCCAGUCUUGGGAUUGGUAUUACCCUCACCAUUACGCCCCUUUCAUUAGCGAUUUAAAAGACUUUAAAGAUCACAAAAUAGAAUUUAACAUGGGAGCACCGUUUUUACCUUUUCAGCAGUUAUUGGCUGUUUUGCCGGCAGCUAGUAAAAAUUUAUUGCCACCCGCUUAUCGUGAUUUAAUGACUAACGCUAACAGUGAGGUGAUACAUUUUUACCCAGAAAAUUUCGAAACUGAUUUGAACGGGAAACAACGCGAAUGGGAGGCAGUUGUCUUAAUACCAUUUAUUGAUGAGAAAGUUUUACUCCAUGCCAUGGAAGCCUGUGAUAAACAUUUAACUGCAGUUGAAAGGAAGCGAAACCAACAUGGACCUAUGCUACAAUAUGACUAUCAUCCUGAUUCGCAAGGCCAAAUACAGGGCACUCAGUCAUUGAAAGUUUUGUAUAACGUCUUUUGCACGGAAAAACCAUUUUGGUCCAAAGAUAUAGCGGUUUCAUCUUCAGAUACUGUGUGCAUUGAUUUACCAAACGCUGCUCGUUCUGUGUUCUUCCCCGGCUUUCCCACCAUGAAACAUUUAGAUUUUGACUUUGAGCUGAAAUACGCACGCGCAAAAGUGUUCGACUGUCCCAGUCGUAGCGAGAAUAUGAUUUUGAAGCCUAAACCCCGAAAGGCAUUAAGUGACGUUUUUGCAGUGGCCGAAAAGUACCUCAACCAAGUAGUGUAUGUCGGAUGGCCACAUCUGAAUAAAGCAAAGGUUGUUGCUGUUUCGAGUAGAGAGAAGUACAUUGAUGUCGAUGGCAUCAAAGAGAUGGAAUCUAAAGUAUUCGAUGGAAACAUUAGAGCUGCAAAUGAACACUUAACCACUCGUAUGGGUAUAGAAAUAAAUGAUCUUAAUGUUAUGAUUCACGUUCGCACUUUUGCCGGUUCUUCAGUAGUAUGCGGCAGUCAAGGGAAGGUUUCCACAAACGAAAUUUGGAACGAAAAAAUCACUAUUUAUCCUGCACAGGGCUUAGUCUCGCAAAUAGCGGUGCAACAUCCUCUCAAUAAUCAAUUUAAGCACAUAGAGCAAUUGUUUCCGGAAAAUAGUAGAAUAUUUUUCAUAGGAAACCCUUAUUACGGCAGCGAAGGAAUUGUUAUGAACCCAAUGCUGGUGUAUGAAUGUGGUAGACUUAAAGUAAAUAUAACUGUCUUGCCGGAACCCAACUUUGCGGCAGCUAAAUACGUGGAAAGUCAAUUAGAGAAAGAUUAUAUUGUUUCCUCUCAAGCGUCUAUUCAACUUGGAAUAAAUCCCAAGUGUUUGGUACGCCUUACCGGCAAUUUGUCAGUUGCACAUGGGGUUAGACGUUUGAAAGGAGAUGUUCCAGAAACUUCCGUCAAAUACCAGAUUGGUCUGCAAUUUAAAAAUAUUAAAGAUCGGGAAGAAUUGGCCGGUUAUGCUACACGUGUUGACGGUCAAUGGUUUUUCUCUUCCAAAGCUUUAGCUCUUAUACAAGCAUAUUGCUCUCAAUUCCCUCUAGUCGUAGAAUACCUGAGCAGAUAUUCUGAACGCUCAGAGGAAAUAUUUGCCGGUGAUAUAUUCCCUGGGGCAACUGCACAGAAAAAAAUAGAUGAAAUUACUGCAUGGCUUAAACAGCAAGAUCAUGUAAAAGCAGAAAAGGUUCCUUGGGGUUCUAAAACUUUGAAAAAAGAAACUGUUGAGGGGAUACUUUGUGCUAUAGAACAAUUAAAGACUUUACCUGUCAAGACUGUUAAAUUACAGGUUAAACCCCAUUUAUUACUUAAGCCUGAUAUAAGCCUACCUGAAGCGUACAAAGCUAAACGUCCCAUUAAAUUAUUUGAUCGAGUAGUAGUUGUAAAGACUACUUAUUUGGUGCCCCUCGGCGCUAAAGGUACUGUAAUUGGUGUUUAUCCAAUAACUGAUCCCAAUCCGGUACGUUUUGAAUGUGUUAAGGCUGUAGAUUAUUUCUAUGAAAUACUCUUUGACAAAAAUUUACCAAGCGGUAACGAUAUAUAUGGCAUAGCUCAGCGGCGUGUGCAUAGAGUAGCUGAAUCGUCUGUACUUUUAAUCGCACAGGACAAUAUUGGAGAAAAUGAAACAGGAGCAACGCCCAAACUCAUUAAUCGCAGGGAUAAAACGCUUCAAAAAGCAAACAUUAUGACAGCUGCUAUAAGUGGAAAUAAUAUUGAACUGAAUACCGAUAAUAAUAUUAAAAAGAACGGCAAUGCAAGUGCAUCUAAAAUUACUACUGUAACAAAAAGUACUGAUGACUUUUGGACACCUUCGUCAGAUACGAAAUUAAAAUGCAACGUAGCGCAAACUGCGUUUUUGGAUCAUACGGCUGUCAACAAGAAGCUAACUGAAGGGGUGCCAGGGGAAAUGGGUAAACAACUAAUUAGCCACACAGAAACCCAGGCCCUAAAAGAUCUUUUAGGCCUAAUACCAAAUAAAGACAAAAGGAGUAACCCACCUGCCCUUAAUAUCGUAUCUCCAAACAAUCCUAAUAAACAGCAACUACCUCAACCGCCUUCUUAUUGGCGUUUAGAUGCUCAAGCUGUUAAUGCGUCAACAUCACAGUCGAAUACUCAAAUACCAUAUCAAUAUCAUCGUAACUUUCCACCACCGACCCAUCCAAAAGUACCACAAAUUGCUAUACCUUUCAAUUACGCUCUAAUACCUCCAACAAAUGCCAUGCCAGCAUCUAACCGCAAUUUCAACCUGCGUUUCCCUCUAAUGCCUGCACCUUCUCUACAACAAUACUAUCAGGUACUUAUAAAGGUAUUAAGAAACAAACUGACUAUACUUAGCUUU